GGUAUUAUCCAUCGUUGAUUACUUCAUGGCUUGUACGAUCAGUUCAUAAGACCAAAUUGAGGGUUCCUUAGCAAUGACAACUUCAAUUUCCUCUACUGAAACCCGCACUCACAAUAAGCACAGAUAGUCAACAAUGUUUCUCCUGUUGAAACAUGGAAAGGCCGAAGGGUGUCACAAGUUUCCUCUUACAUUUAGGAGACACUUUCCCAAGCAUAUUGUGAAUCCCUAUUGCAUUAGUUUUCCAAUUCUAGACCAGAAAAGGAAUAUCCACGGACACAUAAUAUAAAUAGGGGGCCGGGGGCAAGGCUUAUUCACAUCUCAAAUCUUCUAAAGACUUUGAAAAGCACUCAAAUCUCCCAAACCCUCAAACCUUGAAACCAAUAACCAUGUCGACUGAAAUUGGGAACAAGAAGCUAACCCUGACCAGCUUCGACGGAGAUAAAUUCGAGAUUAGAGAGGCGGUUGCCCUUGAAUCGCAGACCAUCAAGCACAUGGUGGAGGACGGCUGCGCCGAUAAUGAGAUCCCCUUGCCGAACGUCUCCAGCAGCAUCCUAGCCAAGGUCAUCGAGUACUGCAACAGGCACGUUGAGGACAAGGAAAGCAAGAAUGAAGACAAUAAGACGGAUCAGGAGGAGUAUCUCAAGAAAUUCGACGCAGAGUUCGUGAAAGUCGACCAGGGCGUCCUGUUCGAUCUGAUAUUGGCAGCAAACUAUCUGAACAUCAAGGGGCUGCUGGACUUGACAUGCCAGACUGUGGCAGACAUGAUAAAGGGAAAGACUCCCGAAGAGAUUCGCAAGACUUUCAACAUCAAGAAUGACUUCACUCCUGAGGAAGAAGAGGAGGUUCGAAGGGAGAACCAAUGGGCUUUUGAGUGAAGCAACAAAGCUGUGAUUGCAAAGCUG